AUGUUAUGGUCCCGGACAGUCAGCUCGCUGAUCAAGCAGGCGAUCAUGAUCCAGGAGGAGCCCCGCAGGGUCAACGUAGACGAUCUGACUUGGGAUGAUUGUGCAAACCCAAACGUGAGUGCGACGUCGAUCGAGGAUGCGGAAGAUGGGGUUGUGUUGGAGCAGCCGGUGCGGUAUGCGAAGCAGGCGCGGUACGAGUUCUCCAAGGCGGAGCUCAAGGAGCUGGAGCUGAUGGCAAAGAGGAGGAAGGUCGUGCAGAUGGAGCCUCGUGGGCGGUCGCUGACGAGGAGGGAGCAGGCGAGCAGGCUGAAAGGGAAAGUAGCUCAGGUCAACCAGCAGUCAGAGGUCCUCCUCCAAGUCUGCUCGGACUGGGCCAGGGAGGAGCAUCUGCUGGUUCAGAACAGCUCCAUCCAAGGAAUCUCUCGGGUAGGGAAGAAGAACUACAUCGGAGAUGAAAAAUCUUGGAAGAAAGCGAUGGAAAGCUUUCGAAGAGGAGGAGACUGCAUGGCCUACGACCCUUCUGGUCACAACUCACUUCACUACAUGGCGACAGUCAGCAGCCAACUCGGGCAGGAAGUCCUGAAAGCUUUCUUGGUGUCCGGAGUUGAUCCAAACUGCGCGCAUCUCAUCUCAGGGAAGGGACCCCUUGACUUUGCGCUCGAGGUGGGAAACGUGUGGGCCGUCCGAGCUCUCCUCUCAGCCGGGGCCCUGCCCCUGUGCCCAGCUGAGAACGAGGGGGGUUGUCACUUGCUGGAGUUCGCCGCCCUCCAUGGUUUCUACCAGGAGGUGGGGAAGAAACUCAGCGACGCUCUCUUCGACGGCAUCAGGAGCAGCGCCCAUGAGACGGCGGAGGUCAAGGACGAAGCUGGGAGAUCGGUGAGGGACGAUGGGAGGGAAGAUGAGGAGGAGCAGGAGGAGGAGGAUAAAGAAGUUUUCAAAUUGUUGGCAGACUUUGGCCUCAACUUCAACUUGGCAGAACCGACAACAGGAGAGACCGUGUGGGAGAACGCAAGGGACAACGGCUGGAGGGAGGAGGAGCUGAAGGAGCUAUUCAAACGGAGUUGA